UCAUGUGAUCAUGUGACCACAACAUCACAACAAAAAUGUCUGCCUGCUUCUUUUCGGUGCGGUAAAUUGUUUUUAUCGUUUCACAAAUAUAUUAAAAGGGUGUGUGCAUGUGCGUCAAAACUACUGCGAAGACUUUUUUUUAAACCAACAGUGAAUAAUUUACCACCUUCAUCAUGGAGCCCACCGCAUCGGGAAUAUUCUGCAACAGGAUGCUCAGCAUGGUGAACUCUGAGGAUGUGAACGCCAUCAUUCAAGCUCAGAGACAUAUGCUUGACCGGUUUGAGAAGACCAAUGAGAUGCUAAUUAACUUCAAUGGGCUGUCCAAUGUGCGCUUACAACAGAUGAAUGAACACUUUCUAAUGCACACCCGUACAUUAAUAGAGAUGAAGAAAGACUUGGACAGCAUCUUCAGACGAAUAAGGACUUUAAAAGGCAAGGUUGCGAAACAAUAUCCAGAGGCCUUUAGCAACAUCAAUGAAUGUUCCAACCUGGAGGAUGAUGAUGAGUUUGACCCCAUCCCUCCCAGUAUGGCCACCACCAUCACUACCACUGCAACGUCCGAACAGAGCACAGAGUCAUGUGACACAAGCCCUGAUGUGAUCUCACCCACCAUUAGCUGCUCUUCUGAAGAUCCCUCUCAAGAGAACACUGGCACACCAACCUCUGACAGUCAUGAACCGGCAGUGUUACGGGACGAGGGUCCGGAUUCAGCUGACAUUUAAAUUUAUAAUAUGGUGUUUACUACAUCCAGAUGCCACUUAAAGGGUUAGUUCACCCAAAAAUGAAAAUAAUGUCAUUUAUUACUCACCCUCAUGC